AUGGAUUCCGCUUCAACUAGCUUUACUAAUAGCAAUGAUUACCAUAGGCCAUACACAAACAUUGUCAGUAGCGGCAAUGUUAUCAUACCAGCGGCUCGCUACAUUUUUGGAGCAGGCAACUACAUGACCAUUGAUCCUGAACUCUACUAUCCUAGUGCAUGUCUGUUCUGUGGAUUGCCCAAUGGUAGCAAAAGAAUCACGGCAUCCACAGCGUCCCUUCUUGCUACGAGCACAAGCCAAGAAAUCAUUGUUGCCACAGCUGCACCUACCAUGCCAUUCUAUAGCAGUGCAGCGACGAAUAGAAAGCCGCAUGAGCUGGAGGAGAUCAUUGUGCAGCAUCGACACGGCACAUCAAAAAACUUGGCUUCCAUCAUGUCAAGUCUGUUUCAACGGUGCAGACGCUAUUUGAUUCAGAAACGGCUACAUUUGCCUGUGGUUACCCAAGGACGAAAACGGUUUUUAAUACCAUCUUCGUUUUAUUGA